AUGAGGACAGACAAAACUUGCACUCACAGAGGAAUGUGGUGCGCGAGUGGAAUGCAGAGACAGAGAAACGAACACGAUGAAGUUACCGUUACCCUUAGAGCCCUUGACAUGUUCUGUAAGCAACUUCAACUACAUUUGUCUCAUAUCAUCGAUGAAAAUACCAUUACCCUUAAACCCAGAUACCAAAUUCACGGGUUUGCUUCAUAUACUACGGUUUCAAAUUCUUUGAUGAGGUUGUACACCAAAGCUGGACAGUUUGAUGGUCCCUUACUUAUCUUUCAGACUAUGUGCUGUACUGAUAUAGUUUCUUGGAAUACUAUUCUUUCGGGUUUCGAACAAGUGAGGGUGCAUUGA